UCCGCGCUGCGCUCUUUCUGUGGCGGUCUGGCCGCGGUAUUUUCCACGUAAUCAAUUUUCGAUUCGAAAGGGAAUACGCGGGAUUAUAUUUUCAAUUUUAUUACUACCUGAAAACCUUUGACAAGUCUUUCAAAACCUAUUAUUUCUUUUCUUCACAUCGGUGAUUCCUGACCUCUUCGCACUGCUCAUUCCAUUAGAGCGAAAGAGAAAGGGAUAGCCAUGUCCCUCAGAAUAUUGGUUGGAGUCAAGAGAGUGAUAGACUAUGCAGUCAAGGUGCGCGUCCGCCCGGACAAGAAGGGUGUGGUUACAGAUGGAGUGAAACACUCCAUGAACCCCUUUGAUGAGAUUGCGGUGGAGGAGGCCAUAAGGAUGAAGGAGAAGAAGCUGGCAAAGGAGGUGGUGGCAUUAUCAAUUGGGCCCACCCAGGCACAGGAGACGCUGCGGACGGCGCUGGCGAUGGGGGCCGACUCGGCCAUCCACGUGGAGCUGCCGGCCGCCGACGUGGAGAAACUGCAGCCGAUCCACGUCAGCAAGAUCAUGGCCAAGCUGGCCGCCGACGAGAAGUUCGACCUGGUCAUGGUCGGGAAGCAGGCCAUCGACGACGACUGUAACCAGACGGCGCAGAUGACGGCCGCGCUGCUCGACUGGCCCCAGGCCACGUUCGCCUCCAAGAUUGAGAAGGACAACGGCAACUUGACGGUGACUCGUGAGAUUGAUGGCGGCCUGGAGACCAUCAAGGUGCGGGUGCCCGCCGUCAUCUCCGCCGACCUGCGACUGAACGAGCCGCGCUACGCCACGCUGCCCAACAUCAUGAAAGCCAAGAAGAAGCCGAUUAAGAAGAUGAAGCCAUCAGACCUGGGCGUGGACACCUCGCCCCGGAUCGAGGUGCUCUCCGUGGAGGACCCUCCGGUGCGCGAGGCCGGCAUCAAGGUCGACGACGUCGACACGUUGAUAGCAAAGCUGAAGGAGGCGGGCCGUAUUUGAGCAGUGUGAGUGACGCCGGUGGGCUCUGAUUUUGUUGAGCUGCGUUGGUCGCCCCAGACUCUGCGGCCAGUCCGACGUGGACAGAGGCCAGGGGCGUGGCCGGUAUCGCUACGUUGGGGACGUAGUUACACGUGUUUGCAAUGAUAACUGAAUCGCUGGACGUAGCGAGGUACCCAAUGUCUUUGGCAUGCGCAAUGAGUGAUUGUCGAGUUGCUGUGGAGCAUGUUUGAAGAUCACCUGGCUUGAUUCAACCGUCGUUUGACGAGGCGUCCAGAGGCCACUCGGAGGCUUUCCGAGAAAGUCUUCAGAACUGCAUGUUUCUGUCCACGUAGCUCAGGCGGCUAAGGCGCAUGUCUCCUGACGUACCUGUAGUGGGUUCUGUCAAUAAGGACUGCUAUGUGUGUAGUCUGAUCCCCAGAACCAUCCAAUGAAAAUGUCCUGGUUUUUCCUUCGAGGGCUAACAUCUAAUACUGCAAUCGCAUGGCGCCCGAGUUUUCAAUAUGUUUGAUAUUGUUGGUGAAAAUGUAUUGACCUUACAUAUCUAAGGUCAAAAGUGACGACGGCGAGGCUACGUCGGCCACGUAUGACGUUAAGACGCCAAGUAAUGUAUACACACGUGUGUUGAUGAAUGCAUGAUAUAGGUGGCUCGUGCUGAUUGCUGUAACGCGUCACACAUGAUGUGAUCCCAUAAAAUACACAUGGUCAUCCAGGA